UUAUGUUUAAUCUAUGGUGUCUGAAAGUAGUGUUGCGAUUACGAAGUUUUGUAGAUAUUUUUAUACUGAAAAUAAGAUUAUUAAAGUUAUAUUUUUUUCAUAAUGCUAUGUUGUCAUGAAAACGUUUUGUGAGAGAUGAGUGUAUACGGGGAUUUUCAACGUGUUUGGGUCCAACGUUUUCCAGAAAGCGCUUUGCCAGCGGCCUGGGAGGAAGAUGUCAGGGCUAAUCUAGCUAAACACAAACAGAAAGUUGCUAUUUUAAGGGAGGAAUUAGAAAAAGAAGAAUUUUACGUUGAAUACUUAGAGACACUUUUAUCAGAUGUCGAGAAACAUAAGGCUGCAUCACAGGAUAACAAAACGACUCCGCCCUCGGGGUCUGACGUGAACGAACUCGAUGAUAAGGUUUCCGAAAUAAAGCAGGUUUCAAAAACUGAUUCGUUAUCGAAAAAAAGCGAUUUGAGCUUAAAUAGUAAUAAUGACAAUUCUAUUGAGGAAGUCAUUUGUGAGGAGGUGCAGCUUAGAAAUAAACAAAUGCACAUCGCUGAGAGAAGUUCAGUCAAUCAGUGCAUUAAUGAAUUAUCGUCAAACCUCGUAGCAACCGAAGCGGCUCGUCGACGAUGUAAUAGUGAGAUUGUACACAGAACUGAAAAUAAUCAAGACAAAGUAGCUGUAGAUCAAACAAGUCAUAGUCAAAGUAAAAACCGUCCAACGUCACAAACUGGUGAUUUCGUAACCGUCAUCGAAGUAAAUGGUCUGAAAUUAGCAGAAAAUGCAUCUAAGAAAUCGGAAGAAUCGCCCCAGUCUUCAGAGAGUAGUCCCGUAGAUCCUGUUUCUGUCGCCAAGAAAAAAGUACCACCUAAACCUCCACCGAAAGUGUUCAGCAAACGCGGAGUUUCACUGCCAGAGUCUGCUGGGGUUGACGACAGUCCGCCCUCAUCACUCGGCCGGAAGAUACGCAACGCGGAAUCCCGAGAGUCUAUUGCAAGUCGAGCAUCGACACCAUCAAUUAGCGAAAGGGUAAAAAGUUAUGAAUCAAUCAAUUCAUUAUCAUCGGAACGUAAACGUUCUGGUGGCGCCGCAACCCCGAGGUCUAUCGACGAAGAGGUGACAUCGACGACUCCUGAUUUGCCCGAAGGAACGGAUGCGGACAAAUCCGCCCCGCUGUCCUUGGAAAGUAUACCCGCAUCCGUACCCAUUGCUGAAGAUGAACCAUAUUACGACCAAGUGCCCACCGACGCCAACGAUGGAGAAUACGUGUACAUACAAGCAGGCGGCACCGGGUCGAGUGCGGAGGAAGGACCGAGCUCGCAGCCGACGCCGUCCGCGCCGCCCGCGCCGCGCCUCGACUCACCGACCUGCACCAUCGCACCGAACUACGUUAACAUACAUUAUUUUAUACAGCAAGCAGCUGAUGCUGCAGAAAUGUCUGAGGGAGUCACGGAUAUGGCUGAUUCGAGUGAUACUCCUCUUCUACUCAGAACGAUAUCAUCUGAUAAUGAAACCAAUGCAACACCUCCAUCGUUAAGGAAAUUACAAACCCAGGAAUCCAAUAUCAGUAACAAUGCUGAAGCGGAACGUCUUACGAUGCACCGUUGUAUUAUCACAAGUAUUAUUGAAAGCGAAACUGUUUAUGUGGAAUGUCUCUACGUCAUGGAAAAGUACAUGAACGCUAUAAAAGCGACAUUGUCUACGUCACAACCAGUUAUAACGGAAGAGGAAUUUAAUACGAUAUUUUACAAAAUAUCAGAGCUUCAUGAGUUACAUAAAAGUUUUCUUGAAGGCUUAAAAGCGGCUGUGGCCAGUUGGGAAGAGCCUCUAUCAGUAGGGACCCAUUUUAAGAAGAUGGCGGAAAACAUAAACGUGUACGGUGCAUUUCUGCACAACUACGGUCGAGCGACGGACGCGGUGCGGCGACGCUGCGCCACGUCACAGAACUUCGCGCACCUCACGAAGCAGAUCUCGUGUCACGGGCAGCCGAUGUCGCUCGACGACCUGCUGCACAAGCCCGUUGCUAGGGUGCAAAAAAACGCGCUAGUUCUACACGAUCUUAUAAAAUACACGCCAGCAAGUCACCCUGAUCAUGCCAUGUUGACGGAUGCUCUGAACAUGACACAGCAUUUCUUAGACGAAUUCAAUAUCAUACAGACUAAAUCCAUGUUCCCUAAUGCAGAUAGAGCGCAGAGAAGACUGGUCAAGAAUUCAUUUAUUGUCGAACUGUCAGAUGGUCACAGAAAAUUAAGACAUUUGUUUCUGUUCAACGAUGUCAUAGCAUGUGCCAAAUACAAGGCGUCCGGCCGCGAUAAGUUCACAUUCGAGUUGAAAUGGUUCAUCCCGCUCCCCGACAUCGUGGUCGUAGACGAGGACAGCGCGGGAGCCGGCGCGGUGGAGGCCCGCGAGACCUCGCCCGCUAACAUAGUGGCGCUCAAGUCGCAAGCCUCCACUGUACGGGACCAAAUACUCGCGGAAGAGCGGGCUGCCACCGAUGACAAGAAAAUAAGACUGGGAAGUAGAGGCGCGGCGGAGAAACAACGCAAGAAACUAGCAGAACUGGAGGGGCAGUUGGUGCUAGCGUCACCCAACCUGGUGUUCAGGGUAGGGGCCCGCGCUCCCGGGGCCGCCACCCUACAAAGACAACACAUAUUCUUCCUCAGCUCUGAAUAUGAGCGCACGCAGUGGAUAGACUCUAUACAUGCCCUACAGGCUUCUUCAGCCCCACCAGCGGGUUCUAACAGUAUAUCCAUGCUCGAGUUGCAAGCCUGGGUGACGGCGUGCCGCAGCUACCUACAGACGGACAUGGGCUCAUAUUUACUGCGCAGCGGCCGUGACGACUCCUUGCUGCUCGGCGAUUUGCAGUUACACAUAGGGGGCAUGACGUCACCGCUGGACACCGCGGCAGACUAUUACAUAGUUGUGGAGGUCGAUUCAUACGGACACUACUUCCGCAAGGCAAAAUCGAAGUUAGUAUGCAGAAGCUCUCAGCCGAGAUGGAACGAGAGCUUCACUUUAGACCUAGAAGGGUCACAGAACUUACGGCUGUUGUUAUAUGAAGAUGCGGUGCGACCAGUCCUUCGAGGAAAAUGCACUAUCAAGGUGUCGCGCGAGUGGGUCACAGAAGGCGGCGUGUGUCGCACAGUGUCGCUGGGCGGCGGGAACCUGCCGCUGCGGGUGCGCCUGCUGCCUCCCGAGCGGUCCGCGCGCCGCGUGCCCAACGCCAAGCCGGGAGCACUCUUCGGAGCUAAGAUCGCGCAUGUUGCCAGACGUGAAAAGCGCAACAUUCCUUUCAUAAUAAGCGCGUGCGUGCGGGAAGUUGAAAGACGUGGCCUGCACGAAGUGGGAGUUUAUCGCGUCUCCGGGAGCGCAUCGGAUCUCAACCGACUGAAGAAGAGCUUCGAGACUAAUCCCUACGAAGCAGAGCAGCUAUUAAAAGAAGUAGACAUACACUCCGUGACGGGAGUUUUAAAGUUGUAUCUAAGAGAACUGCCCGAGGCCCUGUUCACGGAUGCACUUUACCCUGAACUUUUGAAAGCUUGGGGAUCCGUACAGGGUGUCGGAAUUUCCGUUGAUUCUGGACCGGCACACACCAGACGUCACGCCCUGUUGAAAUGCUAUGCUCAGUUACCGGAUCUGAACAAAAACUGCAUCGACUUCCUUCUGAACCACUUCGUCAAAGUGAAUCAGCACGAAGGCGAGAACAAGAUGUCGCUGCACAACCUGGCGACGGUGUUCGGGCCCACGCUGCUCCGGCCGGCGAGCGGCGGCGGCGGCGCGGGCGGCAAGCAGCGCAGCGACCCGCUGGCGGCCGGCACCGUGGACGCCAUGGCGCAGGCCGGCAUCCUCUAUUGUCUGCUGCAGCACCGCCAGCUCGCCGCGCAGCUCUCCUCGCACCACCGCGCGCCGCACCACGUGCUCGACUGAACGCCCGCUCACCACGCAAUCUAUCACGCGACUCUAUUACUUGUUUUUUUUUCUUUCUACCAAGUUGAUAGCCUUGACAGGCUAUAUCAGCGUCGCCUUAACUAGUAGGUGAGCUCACGGGGCUCAAACCGGAGUGUUGCUAACACUGACCCUAGCAAGAGCAGUGCUUCGCAGUAUCUACCACCGGAUCGGAAACGCGACCCACUGAGAAGAUCCGGCGAGAAACUCAGUGGGCUGAUUAGUUGUAUAAGCCGCGUCAAUAAAGAAACGAAUCGAAAAUGGCGUCUUAUGUACCUGCACUGACAGAUGGUAGGGUCAACAAAAUAAAAAGAAAGAUAGAAAGAAAAGGUCUUUAUUGUAAAAAAAAAGAGAAUAUACUUUAUGCCCUGGCAGGGGGAGAGGUGUCUCAUCUGGGAUGCAACUUGCGUAGAUACUUUUGCUGCCAGUCAUCCAAGUCGCACAAGUGGAAAGUGAAAAAACUCGAACUCAACAACAAAGUCAGAACUGAUAUUUUUUUGCAAGCAGUACGCGCCGUGUGCGACUAAAGACAGCAAUAGUUUAGAAUGAGAGCGCAUGAUCGCCGCCGCCAUUUUAGAUUCGUUCCUUUAUUGGCGCGGCUUAUAGCAUCGAAUAUUCACAACUGCUUCACAACUGCACCUUACUUACAUUCUGAACGCGGCUGUCAAUAAUUUCAACGAAGCGUCUCUACAAAACAUACUCGUUAACAUUUUUAAAAUGAAGACAAUGAGUCAGUUGCAGCAAAAGUAAUAAUUAACGCUUAUUCAAUUAUGCUUAAGAAUUUUUCAUAAAGGUUAUGAAAUUUGUCGAUCAAAAAGUAACUGAAGUAAUAAGUACAUAUAAUUCUGUAUUAAUCCGAAUUCGUGACGCAUUGAGAUCCCUUAAUGAACUCAAACGGUAUUUACAUUCCAUUAUCAAUUACAAAACCGACUGAUUUCUGAUAUGAAUUAAAAAUAUUUAUAGAAUGAAUGUGUCGCAAAAUACGGGUUGAGAAAAUGAUUUUCAACUAUUGAUAAUAGAAGCUCCACGAAACAAUAUCAUAUGACUUGAGGAAGUUUUCAAUUAAAUCUUGACAUAGGUACUUCUACUUGACAACCUUAGAUACUUAUUAACAGUUGAAUUGACACACUGAAUUACGAUUUAUGGAAAAUGGUUUCGGAAUGUCCCCAUGAUGUAUGUGUAGACAGGGCGUCUCGCAUUUGAAACAACAUUGAAAUCAGAAAUGGAUGCUAUGUCUCAGUAUAAACAUGUUACAGUAAAAACCAGAUGUAUUAAUCAGAUGUCUUACCUUUAGAUUGCAUUAACCUUUGGUAUGCGGGAGAGGUCGCAUAUCUCCACCGACUCUGCUACGACACAACCCGAAAAUUUAAUAUUUUCGAAAAGAUUUUUGCACAUUACAUUAUUAUUUGAUGUUACAAUAACAAAUGCACCUUGUUAAGUGAAAUUUUAUUGCUAAAACAUUUGUUAACUUAUGAUUCGCAAUGGAAUAAAAUUGCAACACAAUCGUGCCAUUAUGAAUAUUCCGUUAUUUGCAGUAUUAUUUAUUUUAUUUAUUAUUUAUGAUGGCAAAAUGUCUAUGGAAGUUGACAGUUUUAAAUCACCCUAAAUUCAAUUGUAUAUCUAAGGUCGAACAUGUCAUUGUGUCGGAAGGAAACUGAGCAACGAUCCGUACUUACACAAAAUACGGCCAGAGCACUGAAUAUAUUAUUGAUGCGCAUAUCAAAGGUUAAAAAAGGAUGUUUUCAUGUUUACUCAUUAUUUGAAUGUUUGUCAUGAUUUGACUACUACGAGAAAUCAUAAGCACGGCGAAAUAAUUUCAGUUAAGUAAUUUUUAUCUACCAUUUAAAUCAGAUUCUAGUUUGAAACUACUUUUCUAGAAAAAUUUAGUGCUAAUAAAAGUAUUUAUUCAAAUAAUAAAGCUACUUUAGUAGUCAGAAUGAGAUGUAGUCUAAAACUGGUCUUUACUGUAACUAAUUAAAUGUAUUAUGAACCUUUUUAAACGCUCGUUAAAAUUAAUAGAAUAUACAGAAUUUUAUAUGUAUUUUUCGACCGAUUUAAAUGAAACUAUGGCCUAUCGCUCAAUAUAGAAAUAAACACAAAAUUUAAGUCCAAGUUUAUCGCUAAUCCUCACAAGAAAAAACGUCCAAAUUGGUGUAGCCACCUGGUGGACAUUACGUUUUCAAGCACAUUCUUUAAUAUGCGGAUUCGACCUUACGCUGUGAUUAAAUAAACAAAAAUAUGUAUCAUUUGCGGAAACAGCUCUCGUGCCAUCUACCGUACGCGGUAAAACUAUAGCCAACGCUUUCAUUGAAACGUUAAAAAACGUUCUGUAAAGUUCCAAAUCUGAUGGAUAAAUGACGCGUGAAUAUAACAUACAACAAUAGAUAGAACACGAAGCAACAAAUCUUAUUUUAUAUUAGACCUAAAUCAUCAAUGUUAACAAUGCAAUGAAGUACAGGGUCCACAAUUCCAUUUUGACUUCCUAAUAUUUUGCAUCAAUUUAACAAGUGAACAUGGUUUCAUGUACCAAAAAAAAAUAUCGAUUAAAAAUAUAAAUAAUAUGGCAAUACUUGUGGUUUGAUUAAGCGCAUAUUCGCUUGCAAGCCGGUUCUAGUAAGGCCAACAUAUUGACAGAUCCUGUCACAUAACAGAAUAGAAUUUUUUGAAUUUUCAAUGUUAGUGAUCUCGAUUGCAGACUGUUCGAAAUUAUGAAAAUUACGUAUUAUUAUGACUUGGGACCGAUGUAUAAUGAAUUGAUGGUAUUAGCGUUAUUCGGAGCAGACUGAUAUUAUAAAUGUUCAUUGUUGGUUUGCUUUCAUCAACUGAAACAUUUCUAGACAGUUCGUUUUUAGACAGUAGUCGGUUUUUAGCAGCUGUUUGGCAAAGCUUUUGUACUUUAUAUUUCAAUUGUUCAGUUGUAUAGACCUUUAAGAGAAAUUUAGUCACUUAGUUCAGUUCAGUUAAUUCUUUGUACAUUUUAUUAUGUUCAAAACUUUUGUCAAGCAAAUUUAAUUAUUUAUGAGUUUAGUGCAUAUUUUUACGCUGUAGAAUACUGUAGAUGAUAGUACGUGUGUGCUAGAGUUCGAUCGUUUUUUAGCAUUUUUUAUGCUAGUCGUGUGAUUUCUUUUGUAGUUUUUAUCUUAUUAAUACUACAUACAGAGUACAUAUCUAAUACAUUAUAAUGAAUUAAACGCUUUUAAAUUCUGUUUUUCAUGACUUUUGAUGGGUUUUUUUUUUACCUAUUAGAUAUGUUCUCGGUGGAACUGCAGCAGCGCAUAGCAAUCUAAGUUAUAUAUUAAAUCAUUGUCGUGCAUUGAUUUUCUUUACAAUUAAUAUUUUUCACAAAUAGGCUUAGGCGUAAAAGGUUUAUGUUAGUACUUAAAAACAAAAUAUUACCAAAAAAAAAAAAUUCUUAGAACAAAGCUAAUUUCGUAUUAUAAUUGUGUUACUUAGUUGAAAGACAUUAACUUUUUUACAAUCUUUUAUUUUGUUGAUUAAUAUUAUGAUCAGAACUAAGUUAAGAAAAAAUACAUGUAAUUAUUAUGGUAGAGUUUUUAUUAAAAAUUAUUUAUUUUUCACCAAAGAUCAGUCACGGACUACGGAUACAGUUAAAGUAUUCUCAAAUAAUAUUCGGUUUACACGCUUUGUCUCGCCUGCUCCAUUUUGUCUUUGGUGUUUCACGCAAGCCAUAACACGCUUAAUUAAGACUUGGUAAAGAUAUACCACACAAUUCUUACUAUAAUUUUUAUUUGGGCGCAUAGGCUAGUCAUGUGCGACACUUAUAAUAACAAAUAAAGGGAGUAACUAUUAUAUAAGAUCUAGUUGUAAUAAGCACGAUGACUUCAACAGGGCGUCUGGUAUAUUAAAUGCAUAAAUUAAUCAAAAAAUUGAAAUCUUUAUCGACUGCAUACACAUAAAGUGCGGUCUAAUUUCUUUCAGGAUCACAAUAAAUUCCAAAAUAUUGAGGGAAACUGAUCCAUAUUACAUGCACUUCACAGUAUCGAGUAUCACUACUACGAACGAAAAUGAGGGAACACGUUCUAGGUGAUAGGAGUCGCGUUGAUUAAGAACUAGACAUAUAAUAUUGCUCAAGCAAUUUGUUUUAUUUAUGUGGUCAACUUGCCGUGUUCAGAGCGUGUAACCGGACGGAAGAAUUGAUAGAGGCUAGAGUAUCAAAUUUCACUUUAAUAGAUUAAAAGACAAAAAUAACAGUUGUUGGACACACUUCAUAGGUAUGAUAGAAAAUAGGUCAAUAAAAUCAGCUGUGCAUAAAAUAUAUGCAUGAAACAUUUUAGUGUUAUAAAAAGCCAUUUUAGUGGAGUUUGAUACUAUACCCCUUUGAUAACUAUUUGCAUUUGAUUCAUGACAUUAUCACGCGUUUUGCGUUGCAUAAAAGUGUUCUAAAACACUAAUGUAAUUAUUCAUGAAAAAUAUCUGUGUUCUUUUGGUAUACCAAUUAAUUAUAUUAUUUUGAUGAAAAAUACAUAAACAAACAAUAUCCUACAUAGUUAAAUUUGUCCUUUUAUACACAUUGUUGUUCUGAUUAUAUUAUUUCCGUAUGUGUAUUGCAAACUUAUUUUAUGCAAUUAGGCUUCUGAGACUGUUCUCAUGAAAUAAUAGCAUCACAAUAGCUUUAUUUGUAAUAAUGAUUUUAUCUUUUAAGAAUUAGUGGGCAUUUUCAUAACAAACUAGGUAAUCCAAAAUUACUUUUUAAAAUGGUAUUUUUUACUGUAGGUACCACGACUGGCAUCUGGUGUGAACUUAUUAUGUCUUUAAAAAUUUAAAUCAGAAUAGCAAACUUGAAUCAAAAAGUUAUAUUAAACAAACUUACAUUAUAUAAAGCCACCUCAAUCUUCCACAACCACAAAAUCAAUUGAACCCGUUUAUUUCACUAAAUUAUGCAUUAUACGAAAAUUAAAAAGUACCUUCCAAAAAUCCAACAGCUUAAAUUAGGAAUUUGGCAACUGAACCUAAAUAAGUUUUAAAUGAAAUCAUCUAAAGAAUGUUUAAAUGAGAACUACAAGUAUUUGUGAUCCACAUUAUUUAAAAUAACUUUGUUAUAUUUAUAUUGUCUAACACUAUGCUUGUUCAGCAGCUCCAGUUGUGUUCGCCCCAUCUCAGUUCCUGUUUGGUCACAAAUUUAACACUGGAAUCGGUGUUAUUUAAAUAUUUGUUUGUCAUUCCAAAAUAUUAGAAGGUACAUAAGUAUUAAAAUAAGUAAACAUAUUAACCUAAAAAGUAUUGGAAAUAAGCAUUUGUUUAGAAUUAAGAUAAAAUACAUUCUUUCUGGAUACUUAUGCUUUUUUCAUUUGUUCAGCAUAGAGCUUUGAAAUAAAAACAAUAAUUUUAUCUUCAUAUUCCUUUAUUAAAUUGAAUAAAUAUUAUAAAGAGAAAGAUUACAUGAUAAUUGGUAACUAAUGCCUAAAACUACUCUACAUACUGAAAAUGUAUUUGAUUAUUCACUUGUACUACAUAUUAUAUUGUUCUUGUAGCUUAUAACUUUUCACAACUAUAGUAAAGGUGUACCUGUUACUGCUUAAACAACAUUUAUUUCCUAUAUUCAAGUAUUACAUGCAUUAUAAGAUCCAUUACCAUAAAUUACACUUAUUACAUGGAUUAUUUUUGCAACCAAUUUUUUUAACAUUUUUUUGUUGUGACAAUUUUUUUAAAAUUGGAAUUGGCAAUUAUCAAUUAUACUUAUUAUGUAUUACAUACUCAUUUAUCAAAUAUGUUAGUGUACGAAUGCUGUAUUAUAAAGUAGCUAUUUAUACAAUUAGUUUCAUUAUUAAAGUUUGUAUUACAUUUUUGUAUAUAAAUGACACUGUAGUUAUGUACUUUUGCAAUAAAUGGUAUUUUAAUACAUA